CUGAAAAUCCCGUGCGGCCGUGUUCUUCCUGCCAGCUGAGCAGAGCCGGAGAAGAAGCAGCUCAGUGAACUUUAGCAUUAGCCUAACGGGUAGCAAAUUUUUGCCACGCACACUUCACUGCUGCUGUGUGAUGCAGAUGCCAUGUCCCUGCAGGCAGUGCUGCAGCAGAGGAUCAGCUCCGCCCAGCAGCUGCUGCAGCGGGCGGAGACACUGUGUCCAGGCGUCGAGGGUCACCAGAAGCUUUGUGGGAAGCUGCGAGCCGAGCUGCGCUUUCUGCGGCGGGUGGAGGCGGGAGAGCUGCAGGUGAAGGAGUCUCACCUGCACAGCACCAAUCUGACCCACCUGACCGCCAUCGUGGACGCGGCGCAGAGUCUGGAGGACAUCACGGCACUCCUGCACGUCUUCACUUACCAGGAUGCUGCUGGGCGCCGCUGCACGCUGGUGGUGGACGUGGUGGCUAAUGGGGGGCACACCUGGGUGAAGGCGGUGGGCAGGAAGGCGGAGGCACUUCACAACAUCUGGCAGGGCAGGGGCCAGUACGGCGACAAGAGCAUCAUGCGGCAAGCUGAGGACUUCCUGCAGGCGAGCCGCCAGCAGCCCGUCCACUAUCGCCACCCGCACGUCGUCUUCGCCUUCUACAACGGCGUCUCCAGCCCUAUGGCUGACCGACUGCGGGACAUGGGCGUGUCUGUCCGCGGCGACAUUGUGGCUGUGAACACCAUGGCAACAGAGGAAGAGGAAUCAGCUGAGGAUGAUGAAGAAGAGGACAAGGAGGAAGAGGAGGAGGAGGACGAUGACAAUGAGGACGACGCAUCGGAGCUGACACGUGUGGACCGUGGCACAGUGGUGGCCAGCCUCGCAUUUCCGGCGCAGGUCCAGGUGGAGGAGUGCCGGCGGCUGAACCUGGACAUCACAACGCUCAUCACUUACGUCUCAUCGCUGAGCCAUGGCCGCUGCCACCUCGCCUUCAGGGAGCACGUGCUGACUGAGCAGGCCGCCCAGGAACGCCGCCAGCAGGUGCUGCCGCAGCUCAAUGCCUUUAUGGAAGGCAAGGAGUUGUUUGCCUGUCGCGCUGCUGUCCACGACUUCCAGGUCAUUCUGGACACGCUGGGUGGGCCCGGCGAGAAGGAGCGUGCUGAGAAGCUGCUGGCCCGCCUCCACUUGGUGGAUGAUCAGCCAUCAGAGCGCACGCAGCGCCUCACGCCCAGCGCCAAGAUCAACCACCGCUCGCUUAUGAUCUUCGGCACAGGAGACUCGCUGAGGGCUGUUACCAUGACGGCGAACAGCCGUUUUGUUCGGGCGGCAGCCAAUCAGGGUGUCCACUACAGCGUGUUCAUCCACCAGCCGAGAGCACUGACAGAGGGCAAAGAGUGGAGGGCCACGCCCGUUUGAGGCCACACCUACAGACUUAAGUGAUCAGCUGACUUUUUUUUUUUUUUUUUUUCUCUGAUCAGUAGAUCAGAUCAGCACAGUGCCUUAGGCACUUCCUGUUCAAGCCAUCGCAGAUGCUAAUCAGUCACUUUGAUGUAUGAAAAUGGGAGAUUCUGUGUCAGUAAAUCUUUGGUUUGAAUUUGAGUUUAUCACAGUGGGGGGUGGGGGUUAGUUCACAAGAAACAGGAAGAGAACCUGAAAUAAAAUGUAAAGUUUGAGUAUUUGUGGGGUCAGGUGCUUAAACUUCUGUAAAUGUAUCUGCUGAUAAAUAAACACCUAAUAAAGUA